AUGCCAAGAUGCGAAAAGGUUUUAGCUGGUCGGGGAAUCGCCUUCGGGCGACGGUUUUUGGUAAGUAAAUUAUUUGAAAAAAUGUAAUCUUGAGCUUCUUUGUUCCGUUAAUUUAAUUUCGUUAUAUUUCACGGCAUGCUGAAAAAACCCGGACGGUUCGGUUAGUUCGGUCGGACUUUCCAGGCAAGAAAGGUAAUUAUAUUUAUCUGCGAUUCCUGCUUUUCGAAAUUCCUCGUUGAGCGUUCUUCAAUAAAAACUAUAUUCUUUUCAGUGCGGAAGAAGCUGAUCUGAGAGAAGCACAAGAACAAGGCGCUGGCGAUGUCAACGAAACAACUAUUGAUGAAGAACCUUCAAAUAUUGAUGUGGUUGGAUGAAAUAUUUAUUGAUGUGUUCUUUAAGGUGUUUUAACUGUCAUAUAGGCCAUUCCGCGACAGCUUGUCACGUUUUUCUUUUCGCCAAAAAGACCUUAUAUAUCAAAUUUCUGCUUUUAUAACGGCAAGAAACAACGGUCUUGAAGCGAAGUUGGUAAAAUUUGACCUGGCCUUUUGGCGGAAAGAAAAACGUGACGAGCUGGCGCGGAUUGGCCUAUAGACAUUUGUGUCUAUUUUUCAAAUCUUAACACGCUGUCUCUGUAAUUCUCAAAAAGAGUGGGUACAAUAGAAAAAAUAUUUUUUGGUUUUGAAGAAACUUCACCCGCUGUGAUAGUCUGUCAUCAGAAAUGCCAACGCAAGUUUUCAGACCGAUUCCUCCUACCGUAGCUAGGUUACGGUAGGCAGGUGCGUCUUUUCGUAUUUAGGAAACUAUGCGUUCUUUCUAGGAAUACCUACCGGUCAUCUCGGAAAAUCGCUUCGAAGAGGCUCAACUUGGCAUCUGUCGGGGAAAUUCGCCCGCGGUUAGAGAUUUCUAUCUCUCUUCUCUUCAGAUUCGGUGCUAA